AUGUCAUUGAUUCCAGGUGCAUUAAAUACAGCAAAGAAAGAAGUGGUGGAGGGCGGGCGACGCGAGACUGACACGAGGAAGCGGAAGAGGAAGAGGCACGAGACGAUAAAUGUGAAGGAGCUGGAUAGAUCGGCGUUCAGUAUACGGCCUGACACGACUGAUCCAUUUGGACUCCCACGGACUUUCACCCCCAUAUGCCUUCUCCCAAGAUCUCAACUGCCUUUAGCAUAUCUCGACACGCAAGCCGCAGGCAGUAAUCGGCUGUUUUCGGCCCGGAUAGGUGCUCUGGAAGCACUCGAGCUGAGUGACGAUGGGACGCCAUGUGUGCUCGUCGUGGAGGAUGAGAGGGAGGGGAGAUUGUAUGCCAUUGAGAACGCUGGAGGAAGAGCGUAUGCUCUGUGCCGGCUCGGUGCGUGGGUGGAGAAGGAGGCUUUGACAGGGAACGCUGCGGAAUCAACCACUGACGGUGUCGUGGUGAAGAGAAGGAGAGUUGUAGCAGGUCAAAUCGGAGCCAAGGAACCGUGGUGGCAGAAUGCUGCAGUCGUGAUGCCGAACGCUGGCAGCUCGGUGUCAGAGGCUCAGCAUCGUCUUUGCAUGACGCCGGGCGAGCCAGCGACUUUCGUGGGAAUCUCGACCUUACCUGAUCAGGCUCGGGCAAACCCGACAGCGAAGAUCGCGCAAGCUGCAGAAGGGGAGAUAUCUCUUGAAGCCACCACGACGCCUUUGUCGGCCGCAGACGUGCUUCAAGAGCUGGCAAAGCAAUAUCAGGAAGCGUUGUAUCUGUCACGGACUUCUCUUGCCUACUUUGCCAAAGGACCGCUCUCCAGAGCUCGAGCCGCGUUCGCCACCUCCGAUGCUGGGCUUGACGUUCUCGUGCUGACGACCUUUCUGCGAGAAGUGGUUUUGACUGCUUCCGUGCUGGACAAAAAGUAUCGAGAUGGCUUGUUAGGUAUGGUGAAGGAUCUUUCGCCCGCUGGACUGGAGACGCCGGACCAGGUCAUUAAAGCUAAGCGGAAACGGAAGUGGAAGGCGAAGCGUGACAAGUAUGGCUUCUUCACUGAUGAAAAGGCCUAUGUCGAGAAGUGGUGGCGCUUGCAGGACGAACAGCCGCAUCCGUCGGGAUCUGCAGAAACAUUUGACAUGGUCUUGAAGAGCAGGUUGCCUCCCUUGCGCAGUUGCGAGACUUAUCUACAGGUUAUGGUGGCGUUGGAAGUACUGGCUUUGGAAGCUACCCUCCUGAAGAAACCCGAGACUCAGCAAAGCAGUGCGCCGGUGGACACUGAGACGCAGCUUGACGAGACCUAUGCGGACGAAACGCAACAACCAGAGUCGCAGCUAGCAAAGGAAGUCAAGAAAUCGAUGACGAAGAAGCGUCAAGACUUGCCUUCACUACUAGAAGUCUUGCUUGAUCGCCUUUGCAUUUGGCAUUCGCUCGAGUCCCAUUCACCAGCCAAAGGGCUAACAAGCGAUGGCAGGGAUGGCGACAAUGACAAAUCCGACGAGUUGCGAAGCUUUUGCAUCGAGGUCAUCAUGCCAUUCUACAUGUCUCGCGUUCCCGAGCACGCCAAGUCUGUCAACAAGAAGCUUGGUGGACCAAGCGACCACACGCCAGCCAAGCAGAAGUCGACCUCGUUUCGCAAACCUGGAGAGCCGGCAGCGCGACCAGUGCCGGAACAGAAACCGAGGAAGCCACUAUCACGCGUCUCCUCUGCUGCCCUUCCGCAUCCCGCACGCCAUCUACCACCCACCCUGCACCGCUCCGCUACAGAUUCCCAGAUGCUACAACACCACCUCAAGCGAGAAACCAGCGAAGCACCGCUCCCAUUCGACAGCAUCCCACCUAUCAAUCAACCUCCCGUCCCACGCAAGCGUGCAAGCCUGAUGCACUCCAUCUCCUUUUCCAGACGAGAAGUGGAUCUGUCAGCUAUGUCGCAGGCUAACGAGAAGAAGAUGCGGAAGAAGGCCGAGGUGGAGGAGAAGUUGAAGGAAGCGAUCUCCACGCUUAAGAAGCCUAAUAGAAUUGCUGCUGUUAAGGAGGUCGCGGACGAGGCAGAGAGGAGGAGUGGGAAGGGUAUUUUGGGUAGUAGGAGGACUGGAGGUUGUGCGGGGAGGGUUGGUAGAAUGGAAGGACCGCCUGCGAGAGAUGCGGUGUUCGUGGCCACUACGCCGAAGCAUGUUCGGAUUGUCAAGGGUACGCCGUGGCGAGGUGACCAGUAUCAGGCGGACCGUGCGUCAGCUCGAAGCACGUUGAGUGGUCCAGUACCGCCGUCGUCCUCGAUCGUGCCUUCCACCUCAGCCAGGCUAUGGCCCGAUCGUGCUACGAACCUGGCAGCACGGGUUGACGUCCCACCGGACUCCCUCCCUUUCGCCAUCCCACAGACUGGUCAUCGGCCUCGCCAUCCUACCCACGAUCCAGAGACCAGACACGGUAUCAUGGAAACCCCCUCCCGGGGUUUCGCAAAAUUCAUGCCGGUUGGUCUUGGUCGGGAACCGGGGACUCUGGAAUCGCCCAUUUUGGCUCGAAGCGUCUUGCAGGAGACUCCGAUGAAGGCUAUGAGGCCUUUUGCGCUUGCGCCGUCUGCGGGGAUAGGUGCGAGUAUUAAUGCUGUGAGAGCUGGGUCGCUACCGAGGGUGGGUGCGGAGACGAAUGAGCUCGGUGGUACUGGGGCGGCGGAAGGGGGCGAUAUCUAUGCUAGUUUGGGGUGGGAUGAUGAGGAGUACGAAGCUUUGGCAUAA